AUGAGUGAAAGUGAUAGUAAAAUCAUGGGAGACACACUGGCUUGUCGCCUGUGUUUAUCGACCAACGUGAAACUCCUCGACAUGUUCAAGUAUCGUCUCCAUACAGCUUAUAAUGUACUCACAGGAUUAGAGAUGACGAUCACAGACGGUCUACCGCCUUAUGUCUGUAAUUUAUGCAGCGCACUUCUCGUCAAGAGUGUGACGUUCAAACGGAUGUGCAAGAUCUCGCAAGAGUUGCUGAUGCUUGGGUUAUCACAGGGAGUGCUAUCAACAGACUAUGUUGAAAACUUGAAAAUCCUACAUCCGUUCCCUCUCACCACACAAACCAACGAUGUGAUCAGUUGCAACGAGCAGGUUAUCAAAGACGAAGAUGAUUGGGAUUGGGACUACGAUCAGGACUAUAAAACGAAAGAAUCAGAAUCCAGCGACGAAGAACCAUUAUCCUGUAAAGUUAAAAAAUGUGAACCGGCUGAAGACGUACAAUCAAUUAAAGAAGAAGAAUCGUUUAUUGAAUCACCAAAACCACAGGAUGAGGACUCGUUGAAACUACCAAAAAGUUGGGACAAUGAUUUCCCGAACGGAGAAGUUGAUGUGUUGAUUUUGACGAAGGAAGAGCAAAUGGCUGAAGUGAUAUCAAGGAGGACUUCUACGAACUAUUUGAACUCGUUUUACAAAUGCGAGAUGUGUUACAAGGGUUUUAUAACGGAUACAACGUACAAGAAUCACAUGGCCAGGCAUGAUCCGGUAAGUUUCUUAGGGAACGCACGCACGUAG